AUGGACAAUUCGGAGACCCUAAAAGCGCAGCUCGAUGGCCUUCUGCGAAGAUUCGAUCAGUCAACAAAGCAGGAGUUUCAGGCAGCUGCAGACAAGUCCGAGUUGCGUGCCCCAAUCCAGGCAUCGGCUGAGUUGGUCAACUUGGUGGCCGCAUCCAUGCACAUCCGAGCGGUGCUCAAGGGUGGAGGCAGCGGCCACAGCACCUCAGCAACAGACUACCUUGUCUGGCUGCGCAGCCGGUCCUCAACACGAGCAUUGUGGCUGCUUGGACUGCCUCUCGUGUUCCUGAUAUUUCUGCAACUUUUUUCUUGCGGGCCAGUCUGCGAGCUUUUGCCCGUUAACGGUGCCUCGUACAAGGACUUGCUCGAGUUGUUUACGGAGUUUAGGUUUUUUAAUCCGUCUCAGGGUGGCUUAAGGAAUCCUGCUAAGCUUGCGGACCCGACUCCUAUGUUGAUUCCCAGGUACAUGGUGAUCCUGCGUCUUGGGGGCGUCUAUGCGGACAUUGAUGUUGAGCUACGUCAACCACUCGACACCGUUUUGCUGCCCACGGAUACACUGGUGGUGGGGUGGGAGGCGGAGGUGGCGACCGACGCGGAGGCAUUCAAGCGGCAUUUCGUGCGCAGGCGCCAGGUGCUGCAAUGGUUCUUCGCGGCGGCACCGGGGCACCCAGUCCUCCGUGCAGCGUGCGAUCACAUAGCUCGGUACGCUAGGCACACUUUUUCCAACAACACGAACAGGGACACGCUUGAGCGAACCGGUCCGGGAAUGUGGACCGACGCGGUGCUCCGGCACGCCGCGGCACAUCCGCCCACGAAGGCGGGUGACCCGUGGAAGGUGCGCAUCCUACCGCGGGUUGCCUUUGGCGUGCACCCUGCCGGGAUCGACGGGCUUACACCAGAUGCCAAGGAGAUCGUGGUGCUGCACCACUUCCUGGGCAGCUGGAAGAAGCGCGGUGGUUGGCAUAAGCGCCGCAGCGUGCUGCAAAUCCUGGCGGGUGUCAUCAUGGCGGCGUUGCAGCGCCGAAAUGAGGCGGCUAAGGCAGAGGAGCCAAUAACACCAUCUGUGCUGCAUCUCUUUCCAGUAUCCGCGGCCUUUAAUCCGCCUUUUACCAUCAUGACUCACCUUAUCGGCCAGGGCGACAUGCAGUCGGGUUCGGACGUCUCGGCGCACCUGACCAGCUGGGGCACCUGGCAGGCGGCAAUGUCGAGACCCAGUCGGCGGCCGCAGGUUGUCGAAGCGCUGGUGGGUGCGCUCGGCCCACCUUCCCAAGGCACGGUCUUGGUGGAUGUGUCGGCAGGGACGGGCUUUUUCAGCCUUGCAGCAGCCGCCCGCGGCCACAAGGUAGUUUCGUUUGAGACCAGCCCCCGCAGCAUAGAGGCGUUCAGUUUUUCGAUUGUGUACAAUGGCUUUGAAGACCGCAUCCGGCUCUAUAACGUCAGCCUCGGCGCUGCACCGUCGACACUCUGUCUGGGAGAGCGGAGCGGGGACGAUGUGGUACAGAUGGGCGGUUCAGACCUCGGAAGUGAGGCAAGGCAAAGUGUGCCGUCUGAACCAAACGACGCUACCGCGGCGGCCACACGGCGGGGUUAUGGGGAUCCCUUGCUGCACGCGCUGCCGCCGGCGGAGUGUGCGCUCAUGACGGUCCGCCAGACCCUCGCACAUAUGCUCAUGGGCAGUAUGGAGGCACCCAAAUCAACGGCAUCGUUGGCCGGACCGCAAAUGGCCCAAGCAGAAGCUCACCCGGCGGGCGCUGCUGCAGGCGCAAGCUCUCAAGCCCGGAACAAUGGCUCGGGGCUCCUGUGGGAUGAUGCAUUGUUGCCGUACCAGGUCGGCGCCCUGCGCCUCUCCGCACACGGCUGGGAGGGCUGGAUCUUGGACGGGGCAGAGUCGUGGCUUCAACGCCAUCGCCCGGGCGUGGUGCUGCUGGAGUAUGCGCCCGCACUGGUGGAACGCUCUGGCUACCCGGGGGGCGGCAUGCGGCUGUUGCAUCGCCUGCAUGACCUUGGAUACAUCUAUGCCGCCCAUACCGGAUACGUGUGCGACGAGCGGUGGCUGAAUAUCACCAGGGCGCUGCGAGUGGGAGGGACGCCGCUGGGCCAGCUGCCCGGCGUUGCCAACAUCGGUUCCAACGACGACAAAGGCGCCGGCCAGAAGGCUGACGGGACGAUGUUGGGAGCGGGAUCCGGUUCGGGGGCCGGUCCGUCCUUGACGGCUACUGGCUCUUCACAGCUUGCACGGCCGCCUACAUGGUGCAAGCUGAAGCCGGACGUUUUCCAGCAUCUGACGGAUCGGGUUCAUCCAGAAGGGGCAGAGAACGUAUUGUUUAUCCACCAAACGCACUACAUUGUGCGUGGCAGACGGGGCACAGCGAUUGAUACUUCACGGUUGGGGGCAACGGGUGACGCGGCUGCUGCGCCCGGCAAGGCGUAUGUGCAAUUGGCAGGUUUUCACCAUCUCAACUUUGAUUGCUACACUCUGCUCAAGGACCCAGUACCCAGCAAAGCCUUUAAUUGCACAAUGCUUCUCACAGCGCUGACCGGCCUCCGUCCCGGCAUACCUCCCUUGGAGUCUGCCCGUGUCGCCUUCCCCCAUGCAACCAAGAUCCACCUACAUCUGGAUUUGCUGGCCUUGGUUUCGGAGUGGCCGUGCCUGGAAACCCCCUGGAGCCAUCUAACCGCCGCCACCACCGUCGCCGCCGCAGUGGCAACACCACCAGCACCAGCACCAGCACCAGCACCAGCGGAAGAUGCGGGGGCAGCAGGCGGCCCGUCUCGCGUCUCACAGAGCGGUGUAGGGGGCGCUGACGGGAGAGGGGCUGGCAGUCAUGGCGGUGACGGUGGGACUGUAGGUGAUGACCUCUGGCGAACCGUGGAGGCCGUCCGGAUAUCGGCCCGACUGCCACUGCGGCUGGUGUGGGGUGGGCGGGUGCUAUCCGCAGCGGAACAGCAGCGACUGGAGCAGCUCUUCAAGGCCUGGAGCUGGGCGCAGGCGAGGGCGGGCAGGGAGCUAUCGCUUUCUUGGCACAGAAUUGAGGGGGGCCAUCUGGCUGCGGUGGUGGCGAUGUCCGGGCUCAGGGCCUUAUCCCUAGCUGACGCCUACGAUGGGCCCGACGGCUGGCUGGGCGCCUGCCGUGCUGCCGUAUCGCUGGCGCUGACGUCUUCGACUGGAGCCGCCUUAGAUGAGGUUUCAUCGGCCGAUGCACUCGGCGCCUCUGGCCCGGCGGCGGCGGCGGCGGCGGCGAGGGAAGCAUCCAGGUCUGCCGCCAGGUUCGCUGCGUCCUUCUCAUUACCCCCCCGGGAGCUCCUGCCCGUGGACUGGCACCCCGGUCUGCUCGUCUGGCCAGUCUGGCUACCAACAGUACGGCAGCUGCGGCUCCGGAGCCCGUCCCUGGCGAUACACGGCCAGCCGCCGCCUUGGCUGGUCGAGCUGCGACCAGAAUCACCGCCGUUGCAGCGGGGACUGGCCCCGCCGCCGCCGCAGUUGCAGGAGUACUUCCAUGAACAACUAGGCUGCGGCAGCACCUCUACUUGCGUCCCCUGCCCGUCCUCCCGUCCGUACUUCCCUCUCCUCCUCUUCCCUCCUUCCCAUGCUGCGGCUGCUAGUGCCCUUCCAUGCCCUGCCCCCUCGCUUCCAGCAACCCCAUUGGCAAGCCUCACCCGCCUGGAGGUUGGCGGCGCCCGUCCCCCUAGGUGGGGACAUUGGCACCAGAGGGGGCCCCGAUCAUCGGGGCACGUGCGGGAGGAAGUGGGAGUGGGCAGCCUGCUCACCAGCCUGGCGGAACACGCCCAACGGGCAGAGGCCGCCGCCGCGGCUGCGGCGGCGACGGCGACGGCAGUCCGUGUGCCCCACGGGCUGGACCCGCUAUCCCCGCGGUUAUCGCCACAAAUAGCGGUGGCUUCCCUCCCCUUGCUGCCGCCGCCGUCCUCGCUGUCAGGGCCCACUGGGUUUCGCUCCCUGACGGUGCUGUCCUUCCAGUCUGAGCGGCUCACCGGGGCGGACUGGGAGGCGCUGAGGGUGUUGGGGGGUUUGGAGGAGCUCCGUAUCAACGGCUGGACCCCGGGGGAGGGGCUGUCGCCUUGCGUCCUGCAGGAGGUGGAGGAGGUGGAUCUGGAGGCGAGGGCAGGCGAGGUUAGGGACGGCGUGACGGUGGCUGAGCGGCAGUGGCGUGCAGCUGGGGAGGAGGAGGAGAGCGGCGUUGUUCAGGGCAUGGAGCUCGGUUGUGGGGUGGCAAGCGCGGGUGGCAGCAGUGGUGGCGGUAGGCGGCUGGGGCUGCUUAGUUUGCCGCGGCUGCGAGUGCUGAUGUUGUCGUUACGCAGCGCUGCGCAGCUGCGGCGUUUGGUGGGCGGCCUGCCGCAGCUGGAGGUCCUGCACCUGGCAAUCAAGGGCGGGGCCGAGGAGGGCGCCCCUUGCCAGGACGAGGACACGCAGGCAGUCCAGGCUGCCGCCGCUGCCGUCACCAACAAGGAGGCGGCCUUACGCGCCUGGCGGCCGCUGCUAGAUUGUCGACGGCUUGUGGAGGUCAAUGUAUUGUCCCAACGGGCCGUCGAGAUGCCGUUGAGGGGCGACAUGGUGGCGGCGCACCUCACUUCCGCCUGGCCCCGCCUUGUCGUACUGCAGUACAGCGCCGGCGGCUGGUCUGGUCUGGACCGGACUGGCGUCGAGGCCCUCGGACGGGUUCCGGACAAGGUGCUGGUGCUGCUGCCGCUAGUGCCAUUGGUGGCGCCAUCGGUGGCGGUGACGAGGGGUUGCAAGGGCUCCAAAUGGCGACGGGGCCUGAGGCCCCUAUUUCCUCCCGUUGGCGGUGCCUGCAGUAGCAGUAGGAGUGGGAUGUGGAACGCUGCGAGGAGCAGGCGGGAGAUUGGCGCUGAGUCCCCGCAGCCCCUGCAGCUUCGUCGAGGCCUUCCAAGUGCGGCUCCGUAUGCGGGUCCGGGGCUCGCUGCGGGUGGUGGUCAACAGGCUGCAACCGGCUGCAAGCUGUUUCCACAGAGUCUGAAGCUGCUGAGCCUCAAGUUCUGUCGCUGGCAGGUGCUAGGCGUGAGCCUCCUCGGCGCCGUGAGCCGCUGCACCAGUCUGCUGGAGCUGAAGCUAACGUGGCCCGAAGAUGACCCGCCGUACAUUGUACGACGAUCCCGACACCGCUCCGCCAGCAUCAGCGCUGAACACCAACGCAGCUGCCAGGUAGCGGGGGCCGGCCGCGGUGGCGGUGAUUUUCCUUACCCGAGUCCGGCCCCCAACACCAGUCUGCUCCACUCCGGACCACCAGGAGCCUCCGACUGUGGAGAGGAGUAUGAUGGCGAUGGAGAUGAGGAGGAUAAAAGUGAUGACCAUGAUGAUGAUGAGGAGGAGGAGGAGGAGGAGGAGCGGGAAGUAGAGGGGGAUGGGGAUGAGGCGGAGGGGCAGCAGUGGGCAAAACUGGCGGAGGAACUGAUUUGGCUGGAGCGACUGGAGCUUAACCGCUGGGCUACCGAGCUGCCACUGGGAAGGCGCGGGGGGGGGCAGGUCGGGGAAGAGGGGGAUGAGGGACUGCUGGUUGGGGCCGCAGAAGGGGCCAGACAGCAGCAGAUGCCGGAAGGGGAGGGAAGGGGGGAAGGGGAGGUAUCAGCAGGCGCUGCGGCGGUCAGGGCGGUGGCUGCGGAUGGCCCCAUGGGGAUGGCGCAGCUGGUCCGCGGGGUGGCCAGGAUGCGGCGGCUGCAUUCGCUGAAGUUGGAGGACCGCGCAUCGGGGCCCUGGGGCGACGAGGUGGACUGGUCGGCGCUGUCUCAGAUGACAGCGCUGGUGCAGCUCGAGCUGUCUGGAGUGACCCGUGGGACUGCAUCCCGGGUACUGCAGCUGGCGCGGUCAAGUUUACCCUCAUGCAGGCCGCUGGUCCAUGUGGACAAUGAAGGCGACAUGCGGGCGGAGAUGCGUCGCAUAGACCUCCUGUUGGGGACGGUUGCACCAGCAGCCGCCUCCGUAGAGUCAGGGCCAUCAUCGACAUCAGCAUCGUCCCUGUCCCCGCCAGAUGUCAGCGUUGUCUUCAAAUAGGUCAUUGGACUUACGAGUGCAAAAACGAGCCGGCAUAUGCAGCACGCCCUUCCCGUACACAGCAGCUCAAACAGCCUAAGGCCAAACAGCGCUUUCUGUCACCAGAUGAGCUUCCGCCGGAAUUUCGACUGAGGGAAGAGGAUGGCAAGCAGCAAGCGGCAGGUGGCAGGUUGAAAGGGAAGGGCCGCCAUGGCGACGAGCGUAAGAAGAAACGGCGCCGACGUUCGCCUUCUUCUUCUUCUUCCUCUUCUUCAUCUGAUGACACCUCUUCAGACACUAGCAGCGACACUAGCUCCGACUCAUCGAGCUCGAGCUCGGAUCACAGUACAAGCAGCGGCACGAGCAGAGACAGUACAAGCAGCGGUAGCAGCACCAGCUCUGACUCGUCAGAUUCACGGUCCAGCGGCAGCAGCAGUAGCAGUAGCGACGAGUCGAGCAGCAGCAGCGACGACUCGAGCAGUAGUAGCAGCAGCGAUGACUCGAGUAGCAGCAGCAGCGACGAUUCAGACAGUGACUCGGAUGGUGGCGGGAGGCGGAGGAGCAAAAACACAAAGCAUGGCAAGAAGCGGCGGCGGUAGAUGAGGACAAGCAUUUGUGGGUGCCAGGAAUUUAGUUUGCCGUGGCUGUCCUAGUGUACAGAAGGGCUUGCCUUGAGCAUCAACCGCUUUCUCCUGACUUGUACAGCAAUGGUACAUGAUAGCCAUUAUAUCCAUUAAUAGUUACAAUUUUGUGAGGAGUGGUGAGCCAUGCGUGCUGGUGAGACCCAUUUGCUUAACAUGUGUGGUAUAUAUGUGGCAUGAGACACAAGCCCUGCACCUGGUUGUAUCCUGGGCUGUGCAUGCAAGUCUAGCUCCUCAGCUCCUCAUUACGAGUACAUCCUUGCACAUUCAACCAUAUAAGACAUUUAAUCAAUUGUAGCACACGAGUAAUCGCGACGCUGAUAAAUUGCCGGUACAUCAGAGUGCUGCAAAAAUGUCCUUCGAUAGGGUCGCUUGAGUUGUAACGAAAGGCCCGGG